AAAGGUAACUAAAAAAAAAUCCACCUGGAAAUAAGCAGAUCCGAGGUAAUCACAAUAAAAUGGUGAAAUCGAACCCCCUGAUUAUUUUGCGGAGCAUCUACAACAACGAGUUCCAAUGGAUGCUGGUCAAGAGUUACGGCCUGUUUUUCCUGGGAGUGCGUCUGGCCAAGGAGUUUGUGGGCGUGGAACUGAUGCCGGCGCUGGGACCAGCCUAGUCAUGAAACCAAAAUUGAAUCCGCCGCGUAAAACAAAGGCAAUAAAAGUUAACUAAUA